AUUUCACUUCAAUUAUACAUGCUAUUAUGAAUUACGUAUUGAAUGAGUAUGGGCUAUUUAAAAUAUUGAAGUAAUCGAAGCCUUACUCUUCAGAUUUUACUAUGAAUUAGGAAAUACAAACAUGAGGAAUAUUUGUAUAAUUUUCGUUUUGGUUACAGCAAUGAUAUUUUUACCACAACUUGAAGCAGAUGACCCUUGUCAAACAACAGCUACUAUAGACGACUGGCGACGAUCUGUAGCCUUUGGAACUGAUACAACACAGAUAUGUGACAAUGUUCUAGUAGAAGGAUGGUAUAGAGUUAUAAGUGAUGCAGGAGAAUUAAUGCCAACACAAUGUCCAGUAGGAGGAUUUCGUUGUAAUACAGCAAAACCAAUAUAUUUAUACGUUGACGAUUUACCUGCUGGUGAGGAGCCCUAUCCUUCAGUUGGUCUAACAGUUAAUAGAACAGCAUAUGCUUCAAACUAUGAUGGUAAUUGUAAACAUACCGAAUACGAAAUCCAAAUAAAAAAAUGUGAUGGAUAUUUUGUCUAUUUUCUGAGACGUAUACAAGGUGGAUGUACAUCAGCUUACUGUUUUGGUGAACAACUUCCAUGCGCGAAUGGUACAACGUCAGAGAACGGAUUUACACCAGGAUGUGAAAUUUUCCCCGAUGUAACAGUGACACCGUAUGUUAAAGUUACCCUUACAGAAAGAGAAUCUGUCAAUGAAUUUAAAGUACUAAUGGUUUACAGUAAUGCAACUUUUGAAUGUCAUGCAGACGAUUUACAAGAUGGAUAUAACUAUACAACACGAUGGUAUCUCAAUGACAUUGAGAUAAAAGACGCCAAAUUAAAUGGAUUGUCAAAAACGGAAGUAAUGGAUGGUUUAGGUCGCAUGUUAGAAGAACACUGGACAUCGAAAUACAAGCCCAAUAUGCUAGUGAAGUGUGCUAUACAAGUAGGAGGAGGUGAAUUUAGAUUAUAUGGUCCUCAGCAUAAGUCUCCUAUAUUUUUUGCAGGAUUAGAGAUUGAUGCAGCGUCAUCAACCAAUUAUCAAGUCAAAGAAGGAGAAGAGCUUCUAAUACCUGCUAAGCUGACAAUGCCAUUGUCAUGCGCGUGGCCGAAAAAUGUACCUGAACAACAAAAAACGAACAUCAAACAAAACGAUUGUCUUUUGGUUCUACUAAAUGGAGUGCCGGAUUACCAAACCAAAGGAUGUACAAAUGGAAUAACAAAAGACGGCCUUGUAUUUACAUCAGAUUAUUGUGGUAUAAAGUUUUCUCAUAGUAAUUGGCAGGAUUCACAAAUCAUUAAGAUAACGGGCCAAAUUGACCAAUUGGCAAAUAUUGAAGAUAGAUUAAUCCUUUUAAGGCUCUAUAACGCUGAUAAUGUAGCACCAAAAGGCUCACUAAUAUACUGGAAAAAUAUACAUACAACAGAUAUCAAGAUCUAUGUAAAAGAUAAAGACGUUACCACGUUAGGCAAAAGUUGCUAUUCGAACAAUGAUCCGCACAUGAUGACAUUUGAUCAACAAGAUUAUGAGUUGCAACUAAGCAAAGACAUGUCAAAAGGUGAAUACAUAAUGUAUAAACACGUGCGACUCCCACUACAGGUAAGUGCGUACUUUAAGCCAUGUUCUAUAUCUGUUCUGUGUAAUUGUGGAGUAGCUGUGCGCAGUGCAGACAGCUUAUUUGUUGCGAACUACUGCGAAACAAAGUACAACGGAAUACAGAAGGUUAACCGGUAUAUAAAACAAAGACUAUGUGACGACCAAAGCCUGAUAGUUACAAAAACAAGCUCAUCAUAUACGAUCACUCUUCCAACUGGAACAAAGGUCACUUUUAACUAUGGGUCUACCUAUAUAGAUGGCAUUAACAUACAACCAUCAGUAUUAGACACAAACAUGACGAAAGGGCUGUGUGGUAUUUACAACGGCAAUAAAAGCGACGAUUAUACGCCAAGAGAUCAGUUAACCGCUGUGUCAUCAAGCGAGCUCAAGACUUUUGUUUCAUCGUGGCAAGUCAAUGGUACAUAUGCAGAUGAAACCUUAUUUCAUCCUAAUGGAACAUUAAAGGAAACAGAAUAUUACGGUCAGCAAUAUUGUACCUGCGUGACCCCUAAUGACACCUAUCCCCAUGGUGACCCAGAGUUCGACUGUGAAUUAACAUCUGCAAUGAGACCAUGCAGGAACACAAAAACUACACUAGGAGUUUAUACGGUCGACUGUGCAACAGUUGCAACUCGGAAAAAGAGAGAUGCGUCAGUUUAUGAACAAGAUGACGAAGAACCACCAUCCUAUCCUAUGGAUUCUGAUGCGUCUCCCUCAAUAAACAUUACAGAAACAUGGCAUAAUGGCUGGACGGAGGAUUCAGCAAGACAACAUUGUACCUUCCAUUUUGAAAAUGCAGCAGCUUACAAUGUGUGCUCUGAAUAUGUGCCUUAUGUAGAUACAGAUCCAUUCAUUUCUGGGUGUAUUUUAGACAUAAAGUCCACAGGAGGAGAUAGCUGGAUGAAAGUUUCAAUUAAAAAUUUUGCAAGUGCAUGUCUUCAGGAAUCAAAACGACUGGAAAUUCUGACUGUAACCAACAGCACUAAUUCAACUGGUGUCGAUAAACCAAUAUCAUCUAUCAUUGAGGAGUCGACGUGUCCAGACAACUGUUCGAACCACGGACUUUGUGUAGAUGAAGAAUGUCAAUGCAGUGAUGGUUAUCAUGGCGAACUGUGUUCCUUCACGGCUUCCCAAGCACCCACAGUUAUUUUUGCUGCUUUUGAAGGUUUAUGUGACUCAUCAAAGAAACCAUGCCGCACUUUUAUCAUCCCUGGAUAUGAUUUUAUCAACGGAUCGAGUCUUACCUGCAAAUAUACUACCAUUAUUCUUAAAAAAAACGAUACGGAUACAUUACUGGAGGAAGAAAAUAUAUUCACCCAUUCAGGAGUAUAUGGAAGCUCACAGUUUAUGUAUUGUAAGCUACCUGGAUCAAGAAAGAAAAGAUCUACUGGUUUUGAAACCGUUGCCACUGGAUACCGUAUCUCAGUUUCAAAUAACGGACAAAAUUAUACGGACCAUGUAACAACAAUUGUCUACGACUCGACGUGCUAUGAAUGUGAUACAACAACUAUGUCAUGUGAUAUUUUGGAAACAUGUCCUAUUAAAGCUGAAGAGCCUUCAGAAGAAUCAGAGACAAAAGUUUGGUUAAUUGUACUAAUAAUAGCGCCUGUUAUCAUCAUAUUAAUUGUGAUUGCUGUAAUCAUCUUCAAAUGGAAAGUAAAACCAAAACAAUCUUAUGUAAGAGACUCGUCGUUUAUAAGCAUGCCAGACACAUCACGAGAGACUGUGGCAAGGCGUAAAUUCCUUGACAAGGAGAACAUAUUUUUUAAGACAUUUCUAUCUGAGUCUGACUUACAUGAUUAAAAUUUUGAUUAGUAGUGAAGGAACUUAAAAGAGAUAUCUUAGCUCAUUCUUGUUAUACAAUUUCUUUUACGUAAUGAAUAAAGGCCUAAUAUGUA